AUGUCUUCGCUUCGUAUCCGCGAAGCCAUUGUCGAGUGUCUCGAUGAAAUCCGAUCUGAUUCAAGAGAGAAUCAGCUAAAGGCUCUGCAAACUUUGGUAAGCAUCACAAAAGUUAAUCCUCAAAACAGGAAUUUAUUAGCACAAACAGAUGGUGCCAUCUCUAUUCUUCUUUCCCUAUCCAAAUCUGCCUCCCCAGCGGUUGAAACUCUGGCUCUGACCAUCCUGUUCAAUCUCUCCCUGAACCCUAAUCUGAAGCAAUCGUUGGCAGAGAUGGAAAACAUAAUCUACCUCAACUCUGCCAUCCUGGCCCCUGCUUCUGCAGAAUCCAGCAAAUUAGCAGCCUCAUUUUUAUGUAGCCUAGCAAUGUUGGACAAAAACAAGGCAAAGUUUGGAGUUGCCCGCACCAUUCAGGUUCUAGUAAGCGCAAUUUCUUCACGAUCACACGGUCCGGCUUCUCAUCACCUUCUUAGUUCUCUUGCUGAACUUGUGCAGUUCCACGGCAACUGUACAGUGGCAGUACGGUCAGGUGCUGUUCCAAUGCUACUCAAAUUCGCAGGGAAUAGAGAUGGUGAGGAUCUCGCUGGCACUUCCCUGGCGAUUUUGUGCCUGCUCGCGAGGUUUGAAGAGGGAUUGAGUGCUUUGAGAAAGACUGAUGAGAUUGUUGGAUCAAUGCUGGAAGUUUUGAAAGGUAGAUGCAUGUUGAGUAAGGAAGGUGCAGCUGAUAUUCUUAUUAGACUGUUUGAUGAAAGUGAGGGAUGCAUAAGGGAUGCUUUAAGAUUGCCUGAUUUCUUGACAGUUCUAGCUGAUGUUUCCGUGAGGGGUUCUGGUAGAGCUCGAGAAAAGGCUGGUUCAUUGAUGAAGAAGAUGAUGGAGGUUAAUUUAGAUAGCCAUGUAGAUGGUAAAUAUUUGAUGCAUCAAUGGUGA